AUGUGUCACCACUGCUUCGACAACAAGCGUCGAGACAGCGCCCCUCCCAGCAUGCGAGCAAAGGAAGUCACUCGCCGAAGAAUAGAAGAAGCAGCUCGCCUGGAAAGAGAAAUAGCCGAAGAGGAAGGAGAAGAAGAAGAGAAAAAAGAAGAAAAGAGGCGCUCACCAAGUAAGACGUAUUUUCAGGCCGCGCCCAGUCACGACGGCGCUCCAACCUUUGCCUCGUAUCAAAUCCAUGACGACACCCCUGAAUCCGACUUAACCGCGCUCCGGGCUCUACGUCCAAUUUUCGAUUUCGUCGUGUACGACACCACGGAGACUGCUCGUCCCGCCCGCAGCGCUCAGCUUGCCCGCGCCCUGUUUGACCACACCAAAAUGAAGCGGACAAAGAUUCGUUACGGGGCGGAUCGUAUCGAGGUCGUCACGUUGCCUCUUCCAGAGUCCUUCUCCGUCGAGCAGCGCGUGGAGACCUGCAUGCGACAUUACGAUGCCGAGUACCAGAGCCGUCUGCGCAUCGCUGACAAGGCCGAGGCAGCCUCGUGGUUCCUCGCCGAGCGUAUCAUGGAUCGGCAAUUUGCGCGUAGGGCUUUCGUUAUUGAUAAUAUCAAGGAGGACGGGAACGGGGACGAGGACGAGUCCGCCGCGCUGGCCUCAUGGGAGGAGUCGUUCAGCAAUGUGGAUCAGGAGCACGAGGCCGUGAUGCAGCCUGACCUGAGCAGUGCCGGUAGCUUUAUUGAGAUGAAUUGGCAACUACGCAAGGGGAUAUGGAACUUUUGGAACCGUGAAAAUUGCGGCCCUGGAGAUAAUGGCAUGCUCGAUCGACGGUUGGAUCAGGCUCGGGCGGCUCGAAUCGUAGCCUUGUAA